AUGGCUACAUCCGUGCAAUAUAAGCCGGAAGACUAUACUAUUGGAUGGAUUUGCGCAUUAGCGAUAGAGUUCGCGGCAUCGGCCGAAAUGUUGGAUGAGGAACACCCAACAUUAACUCUUGGUUUGGAAGACGAGAAUUCCUACAUUUAUGGAAAGAUAGGGGACCACAAUGUUGUCAUUGGCUGUUUACCAGCUGGGAGAAUAGGCCUAGUAUCGGCGGCCACUGUUGCGAUGCGAAUGAAAGCGAGCUUCAAAUCGAUAAGGCUUGGACUCAUGGUGGGUGUCGGAGGUGGAGUUCCUAGUGAUGAUGCAGACAUACGUUUAGGAGACGUAGUCGUGAGCAAACCAUACGGCCAGCACGGAGGAGUCGUUCAAUACGAUAUGGGCAAAAGGGGACUUGAAGACCAUUUCUUGAGGACGGGGGCUUUGAAUGCACCUCCACAAGCCCUGCUUACAGCAACAACCCAUCUUGAAGCCGCUGGGCUAAGAGAUAAGCUGAAAGUCCAACAGCAUCUUGCCAAAAUUGCUCGCAAUGCUCGAUUUGUUUACCCACAAAAACUAGAAGACAAGCUAUAUGAACCACAAUCUAAACAUGUUGAUGGUAAGAAGACUUGCAAAGAUUGUAACGCUGAUGAACUAGUUGAGAGAGAUGAACGUGAUUCCAAUCAUGUUGUGAUACACUAUGGGACUAUAGCCUCGGGAAACGCAGUUCUGAAGGACGGCUUGACGAGAGACAGGCUGCAUCAGGAGCUCGGUGGCGUCUUAUGCUUCGAAAUGGAGGCAGCUGGGCUAAUAAACAGCUUUCCAUGCUCAAUUAUUCGAGGAAUAUGUGACUACUCAGAUUCUCAUAAGAACAAAGGUUGGCAGCCCUACGCCGCCGCUACUGCUGCCGCUGUUGCAAAGGAGCUCCUGACUUACAUCCCUGCUGCUACCGUUGCCACAUCGCCGACUGUCGACGAGGUAAUGGUGGAUAUGAAGGAUCUAGUUAUCCAAGUAUCUGAAAAUGUCGAAAUUGCGAAGAGAGUGGAGAUGCAAGUAUCUUGUGAGUGGUACAGCUAUCUCCAAAAACACGAGAUUAACUUUGCUAUAGCGGCUGAAGAUGAAAAAAUCUUGCAAUGGCUCUCGCAGUUUGAUUUCUCCAACGCUCAAAACGUCGCUCGGACUUCCAAGGCUUUAGGAACUGGUCAAUGGUUUCUGGAGCAUAGAGAUUAUAUUGAUUGGCGAGAUUCGUAUCAGGGUCUGUUAUGGCUUCAUGGAGUUGGUGCCUCCACGAUUAUUCGCGAUCUUGAACUUUUUUGCCUUGGAAGUUCAACAAAGAAAGUGGCAUAUUGGUACUUUCAGUUCAGCGAUCUUGCUACGCAAGAUGUCAGGACCAUGGUGAGAUCUCUUAUUCGGCAAUUAAGCACGCUGCCGUUGCAUCCUGUGGUGCGUAAGCUUUCAGAACACCACAAAGAUCGUGGCAGUCAGCCAUCUAUGGAAGAACUCAAUACUACACUGGAUGCUGUAGUUCGGGCUUUUGAGGGAGAAAUCUAUAUUGCUAUCGAUGCACUAGAUGAAUGUCCAGAAACGGAAAUCCAAUCCGAAAGAGCCAAGUCACUAAAUUGGAUGGCUUCUCUGACUGCCGCACAUGCUAAGAAUCUGCAUCUCCUUGCAACUGGCAGGUGGGAACCAGAUAUACGCAAUAAAUUACGAGAUGUGGCUUCCAGAGCUAUUGAUAUUGCUCCAUUGCUCAAUGAGGAUAUUAAUCAGUACGUCACGGCUGCCAUCAAGGAACAAGGGCUGUCUAGAUGGGGUCAAGACACCACAUCUCGAAUUGCAGAGAAAUUGCUUUCCGUCAACGAGCCGAGAUUUCGUUGGGCAGAUCUGCAAAUCAAACGACUGAAGCGAUGCCCAUCGGAAGAUAGCAUUUGGGCGGCGCUGGAGAGUAUACCAAAAAGCUUAGAAGCAACAUAUCAAGAAACACUUGAGAAAAUAGAUGAUGACAAUAGAGAUCAUCUGAGGAAGAUAUUGAUGUGGCUUACCUAUGCUUACACCCCCUUGAGUUUAGCGCAAGUCGCCGCCAUAGUUGGCUACCCUUUUACUGACGAUGUUCUACGAAUAUGCACCAGCCUCUUGGUAACAAUAAUUGAUGACGAAAGCGGUGAGAAUCAUGAGCACGCUGGGGACAAAGUCGACAAUGAAAAGGAUUAUAUCAUCAAGCUAGCGCACUUCUCAGUCAAAGAGUUCCUUGUCUUUCGACAACUAGAAUACGAAGGGCUCUUAUGGUUCCGGUUUUCCGCUGCUUCAGCCCACUCAAGCAUCGCGCGAGGCUCAAUCUCUUAUCUCGUUGAUCCGAAAAACUAUCUCAAGUCGAAAAGGCACGUUGAUACAAAACCUCUUGCGAAAUAUGCAGCACGGUUCUGGCCAGAACAUUACAAGGAAGCGCGAAGUCCUGGCGACAACACAGAACUGCAGCAAAGCAUAGAGCUGCUUUUCAGCCCGAAAUAUUCUCGCUCAUUCUCCAGCUCUUUGCUAGCUUUCGAUCCCGAAGACGAGUUUCACUAUUCAAGGGAACAUGAACACAGACAUCCACAGCCACUAUACUACGCAGCCUUUUUCGGAAUGCAGACGACGGCCGAGCAAUUGUUUCGGACAGAUGCUCAGCUUCAUGAUCGAGAGGGAGUUUUUGGAAAUGCAUUAGGCGCGGCUGCCGCUGCAGGUCACAUUGAAAUUGUGCGGUGGCUCAUCAAACACUAUAACUUCUCUUCUAACAUUCUCAAUAUGUCUGAAGUUGUAAAACACAUUUCAAAGAAUGUCGGAGAAAUUCUUGGAGCUCUGUUUGAUGCAGGUGGCCCCUCCGUGUUAUCAGGGGAUGUAUUAAUGGCUGCUGGAAAAGAUGCGAACUCUACAGAAAAAUGCAGCCUGUUGCUCGAUAGGCUCGAUCCUAGUGUCCUACAAACAUUUAUAAGGUCGGUAGCAGAUUCGUGGACCUAUGAGGCCAUGCAGCAAUUAUUGGAUCGAUUCGGGUCAAAGGUUGAGAUUGAAGAGGACAUAUUGGUCAAAGCAGCCGUCAAUUGGACUGAUUAUGGUAUCCAGAAUACGCGCCAGAAUAGUGUGCUGGAAAUGUUGUUGGAUCGUUCGAUUUCAAAAAUUGAACAUCCAGACAAACUGGUCCAGGCUGCGCUGGCAAGCAGUAAGCCUGGCUUGGCCAGAAGACUUGCAGAUCGAUUUGGGGAGGCCCUUCAGAUCACUGAUGGGAUUCUGAAGGCUGCAGCACCGCAUCCGAGAGACCUGAAGUUUUUCUUGGAUCAACUUGAUCCGACGACAACCAUCACAGAAGAGGUCUGGGAAGGGGCUGCAAAGGAUCGGGAGUCAAUGAAGCACCUACUUGCUAGAUUUGGAUCGGAAAUUGAGGUUACAGAGGAGAUGUUAAAGCAGGCAGCACGUUCCGGUGGAGAAUCGAUCAAGUUCCUAAUAUCCCGAUGCGGGCUUGAGCUGAUUACGGAAGACGUUGUGAAAGCGGCGGCUCACAGCUACCAUGCUCAACCAAUGGAGGUACUACUUGAAUUAUGCGGCACAGAUAUUGUCACAGAAGACGUCGUUAAGGCAGCAGCCCAGUGCUAUGAUGACGAAAACUUGACGCUACUACUGGAUCGGCUUGGGCCCGAUAUCCUCACACAGGAAAUCUUAGCGGCAGCAGCAAGCAGCGGCGCAAAUUUUGAACUCGUGCUGAAGGAGGCACGUUUCGACACAGUCAACAGUCGUGUUCUAAAAAAGAUAUUGAUUUAUCCCAAGUCGUUGGAAAUGCUUUUAAAUCGCUGGGGUCCACAUAUUAUUGGGAAAGAAGAGUUACAACAAAUUGUUGCCCGACCAUGGACUGCCACGACGCUAAGAGAUGUGCAAGAAGGCGAUGAAAAAGUCACGUUCUCCGAGGAGGUUCUGAAAGAGGCGGAAGACCUCCCAUGGGAUGGUCGUAUGAUGCGCGUGGUUUUGGACACGGCUCUUGCAGCCGAGGAGUCGCUGGAAGACACCACUCCAAUGAAUGAAGAUUACUUUGAAGAAGAGAGCGGCGAAUCAGGCAUAAGACAACUGCUGCCUUACCUGGAUCCGACUUUUAUUACUGAGGAGGUGCUGCGAACGGCGAGGUGGAGUCAUAGGACAACGUGGCUCUUGCUCAGUUUUUUGGGGGUAACUGAUUCCGUGAGUAGAGAAGUGCAGACCCUGAUAGACCAAGCCAAACCACAGCAUGACGGAGAGGCCUUGGAAAUCAUUCAUUCCUCCUUGACUUCCGAGUGCAAAAUGAAGGCGGAGGUAAUACUUGCUGUGAUUAAGGAACAGAGAAGUUGGAAAGAGGAGGGCAAGGCGAUUGUGGCUGAAUUUAAUGAGAAGCUGGCUAGAAGAGCUAAGGCAGUGGCUGCUUCACGGGCUUAA